AUGACCUCGGUUUUCAAGAACGGGCGCAUCUUCUUGUCGGAAGGCUCAAAUAAUGAAGGGCACUUCGCCGAUUGCAUGAUCAUCGAGAAUGACAAGAUCUCCCACGUCGGCUCUCUUGACGGGAUAACCAUCCCAGAAAACGCAAAUAUCAUUGAUCUGGAAGAUCGCACUGUCAUCCCAGGCUUCAUCGAUGCCCAUGUACACAUCCUGCAAUACGGACAAUCACUGCGCAAAGCCAAUCUCAUCACAUGUACCUCUCUUGAUCAAAUCCGAGAAACCAUUAAAGCCUACGCCGAAGCCAACCCAUCUCUCCCACGCAUAUUAUGCAGAGGCUGGAUCCAAUCAUCUACCAAUGGAGUCGGGCUAGCAAGUAUGUUAGAUGGUAUCGAUCCACGUCCCAUCUACAUCGACUCUUUCGACCUACACUCCAUGUGGUGUAGCACAGCAGCUCUCGAUGAAAUGGGAGCUCAUACAGCCCCCGAUCUUCCGGGUGGAACCAUCCACCGCGACGAAAACGGCAGAGCUUCAGGCCUACUCGACGAGUCUGCUCUUAUGAACGUUGCAUGGCCAUAUCUAGAAAGUGUUACCUCCACAGAAGAUAAACUGAAUGCAUUGGACACUGCAAUUACUACCUAUACCGCUGCUGGGUAUACUGGACUAGUGGAUAUGGCGAUGGAAGAAGGAACCUGGGAGAUUCUAAAUCUCUACCGUCGCGAUCACACCAUCCCAUUCCACAUCGGCGCCCACUGGCUCGUCCCCUUCUCAGCAGAUCAAACAGCCAACUUCAAGUACGUGGAUCGAGCAAUCGAGCUACACAAGCAAUACAACCAACCCGAUUUCCAUAUCCUCGGGAUAAAGCUCAUCUGCGAUGGCGUCGUCGACGGAUGCACCGCCGCCCUCCUCCAACCCUACACUGGUAAAUCUGACCCAGUCGACCCAAUCUGGCCGGAGGAUAUGCUACAGGAGGUAAUUGCCCGCGCCGAUGCGGCAGGUAUACAAUGCGCAAUCCAUGCGAUAGGUGAUAAAACCAUCCACCAAGCAAUCAAUGUAUUGUCGAGAGUCGGCACGCCAGGCCGAAGACACAGAAUCGAACACUUGGAGAUGACAACCUCGGAAGACGCUAAGCGUCUCGGUGAACUCGGUAUCACGGCCUCGAUCCAGCCUGUCCACUCCGAUCCGGUGCUUUUCAGGGCAUGGCCGGGUCUUGUUGGACCAGAGCGCUGUAGCCGCGCUUUCGCUUAUAAGGAUUUCCUAGAUGGCGGUGCGAAGAUUGCUAUUGGCACCGAUGCGCCGACGGCUCGUCACUUUCCUUUCCCGAAUCUUUACAAUGCUACUACUAGGCGCUCCGCGCUUGAGACUGAGACGGUUGAUACUGUGAAUGUGCAUUUUAGGUUGGGGUUGGCUGAGGCGGCGACGGCUGCUACGGGUGGUGCGGCUUAUGCAAGGUUUGCUGAGUCUUGGACUGGAAGUCUGCGGAGUGGAUUAGAUGCGGAUUUUUUGAUUGUUGAUAUGCAGUGGAAGCCGGAGAUGUUGCUUGAGGCCCGGGUCUGCCAGACUUGGUAUCGGGGGAAGAGGGUUUUUGAUUCGCGAAAUGAGUAA